AUGGCAGACCGGGCCAUGACAUCGCAGCGGGAGAGAAGGCAUGGCAGGCCAUGUCAGGGCACGCAGAAGACGAAGCUGGUGACGCGGAUGCUGGUGUUCGCGGCCAUCGGGACCGUCUUCCUGAUCGGGGAGACGCGGGUCGACGACCGGCGAGUCGGGAACUACUUCAAGGCGUUCGGGAUCGGGAGUCUUGCCGUGUCGGCGUUCACGGGCGUCUGCCUCUUCCGGCUCCUGCUGGAGCGGCCUCCUGUGGAGAGACCGAGGAGGUCGUUCGUUCGUGGGGCCAACGUCGGCCCGGAGACGAAACUGCAUCCACUCCGAGAUGGGAAGGGAGAGCGAAUCGAGCAGGACCGAGCAUCGACCGAGAUCGGCCACUCUCCUUUCGCGAUCGGUUUCAGUGCUUCCGGCGCGAUCGGUUUCAGUGCUUCCGGCGCGAUCGGUUUCAGUGCUUCCGGCGCGAUCGGUUUCUGUGCUUCCGGCGCGAUCGGUUUCUGUGCUGGACGGUUUCUCGAAGAGCGGAAAACGCCCUUCACUUAUUGGUAG